UGAAGUGCACUUCUUUAGCUUUGUUAGAUAUGCAAUAUUUGUGGGGUAGAAGCCAAGCUUUUUUCCAAUUUAUGUCCUCUAUUUUGGAUCUCCAGUAAAACUUGACUCUAGGCACAACUCUAUUCAUUCUUUGAAAACAUUGGCGAAUAUGCUUAUUAUUACACAUUCUAUCUGUUAGUUCAAUUCCACUUAACAUCAGUACCGGUAGACUUGUGUUAUGUUCACUGAAACUCAAGUGGUUUUUUAUAAGUUGAAUUAACCCUAUUGGUAUAGCACGAUUUACAGAUAUAUUCUCUGGAGGGAACAGGAAAAUCCGCCCAGGUAUAUUAAACUGCCGCCCAAGUACAUUUGGCUUCACAUUUUGUAAUUUUUUUAUCCAUCCGUGAUAAUGACUGUAUCUGUGAUCGAUUAACUAGUGGAUAAACAGCAAUUCCGCAUCUUCUCUCUUUCAUGAAUUGUUUGGUGUGAGUGGCAGGAAACGAUUCCUGUUUCCUGCAUCGCUGCCGGCAGCUUGUUUGUAUCAGUGCGCUUCCCACUUCGCUCUAAUAUUAGUGUAUUUUAUUAUCGUUAAUUAUUAUUGUCGUUGCUAACUUAUCCUGAUAUCUCAAUAACCCUGUUCCUGUUAUUUACUUGGAAGAGUCUAAACCAAAAGUGAUAGUUAACUUAACGCCGUUAGCAUAGCAAUAGCGUGUUAGCUUGCUUUCUGUUCACACUGUGGAAUAUCAUCUUGCCUCUGGUUUGUCUUGUGUGCUAACUGUUUCUCUUUUUAAGCGAGUAUACUACGAUCCAUCGAGCAACCUUGGUAAGUUGGAAUUGCACUUCAAAUCCGGUGAGUUAUGGCUUCUAUUCCUAUUAUUGUUACUUGCACCUCAUGUCAUAUGUUUAGCUUAGCCUUCUCUGUCAGCUGCGAGGGCUUUAUAUGCGAUAAAUGCAGGGAAAUAGUUAGGCUGACAGAGAAGAUCUUAGAAUUAGAGUCUCGCAUCCAAUCUUUAUCUGAGGAUAGUAAGAGUUUAACGACGAUAGAAAACACUUUGGAUGCGAGCAACAUUAGCGCACACAGCUCGGUUCCGGUUGAAAAUCCCCCGCAGCUGGGAAACUUCGUGACUGUGAGACGGCGUAGUCGCAGGACAAAACAUCACUCGACCGUUCCGAUUACAGUCUCGAACAGGUUUGCCCCGCUCAGUGACGCACCGACUGAGAAACCUGCUGAAAGUGCCCUAGUUAUCGGUGAUUCUAUUGUUCGGAACGUUAACAUAGAGGCACCAGCCACCAUAGUCCAAUGUUUACCGGGAGCCAGAGCGCCUGACAUCAAGUCAAAUUUAAAUGUGCUGGCUAAGGCUAAUCGUAAAUUCAGUAAGAUUGUCAUUCACGUCGGCACAAAUGAUGUUCGACUCCGUCAAUCGGAGAUCACAAAAGAUAACAUUAAAGAGGUGUGUGAGCUCGCAAGCAUGAUGUCAGACACUGUAAUAUUCUCUGGCCCCCUCACUGCUUAUCGUGGUGAUGAGAUUUAUAGCAGAUUAUCAUCACUAAAUGGCUGGUUGUCUGAGUGGUGCCUGCAGAAUGAUAUAGUUUUUAUAAAUAACUGGAAGAGUUUUGAGGGCAGACCUGACCUGUUGAAACGAGAUGGUCUCCAUCCCUCCUGGGCUGGGACUUCCAUCCUGUCUAGAAAUAUGGCAAAAAGUCUUAAUGCUAAUGCUAAAACUUGACUCGCUGGGGCCCAGGUCAGGGAGCAGACAGUAUGGCUUAACCAACUGUCUGCUUGCCGUCUCACGUCGCAGAAUACACAAAAUGUACAACAUGUAGUAAUCCGUUCUCCCAAACAUCACAAAAUAGAGACUGUGUCUGUCCCCCGGAUUAGCAAACAUAAAAUAAUGCGUAAACCUCUUGAAAGUAAUUUAAUAAACGUUAAACAAACUAAACAUGAACAAAAUACAGAUAAUCAACUGUUACGACUCGGAUUGCUAAAUAUUAGAUCUCUCUCUAAUAAAGCACUUUUUGUUAACGAUAUGAUAACAGAUCAUAAAAUAGACAUGCUCUGUUUGACAGAAACAUGGCUAAAACCAGAUGAUUAUAUUGCUUUAAAUGAAUCUGUCCCCCAAGAUUAUUAUUAUAAACACGAGCCUCGUCUAAAAGGCAGAGGGGGAGGUGUCGCAGCACUUUACAAUAACUCUCUUAGCAUUUCCCAGAAGUCGAACUCUAAAUAUAAUUCUUUUGAAGUCAUGGUUCUUCAUGUUUCAACACCUAAUACUAAAGAUAAAACACUUUUUAAAUUGAUUCUAGCUAUUGUAUAUAGGCCUCCAGGGCACCACACAGAUUUUAUUAAAGAAUUUGGUGGGUUCUUAUCAGAACUAGUACUGGCCGCAGAUAGACUCCUUGUCGUUGGUGACUUUAACAUCCACGUAGAUAACGUUACAGAUGCCUUAGGAAUGGCUUUCAAAGACACUCUUAACUCCAUGGGCAUUAGUCAACAUGUGUCAGGACCCACUCACCUUCGUAAUCAUACUUUAGAUUUAAUACUGUCUUACGGUAUAAAUGUGGACGACGUUAAAAUCCUUCAGCAGAGUGAAGACAUUUCGGAUCAUUAUCUGGUAUUAUGUUUGCUUCACUGGCCUACGGCUGCAAAUAAAACUCAUUGUUACAAAUAUGGUAGAACAAUAACUUCAACUACCAAAGAUGCGUUUCUCGAUAAUCUGCCCGAAUUGUCUCAAAUCAUGAGAAAUAACGUUGAAGAUCUUGACAUUACCACUGAAAAUUUUAAUUCCACCUUCUCGGUAACGCUAGACAAAGUUGCUCCACUACGUUUAAAGAAGAUUAAAAAUGGCAGCCCCACACCGUGGUAUAAUGAACACACUCAGGCUCUAAAGAAAGCGGCCCGAAAAAUGGAGCGCAACUUUAAGAAAACUAAAUUAGAGGUAUUUCGUACAGCAUGGAAGGAUAGUAUUCGAAAAUACAGGAAAGCCCUAAUAACUUCUAGAUCCGCCUACUUUUCAUCACUAAUAGAAGAAAACCAGCACAACCCUAGGUUUUUAUUUAACACGGUGGCUAAAUUAACAAAAAAUAAAUCGUCAGUGACUUCUGAUCCUGUAUAUCAGCAUAGCAGUGAUGAAUUUAUGAACUACUUCACAUAUAAAAUCCAAGAUAUUAGAGAAAAAAUUAUAACAAUGCAAUCAGAAGUGAAACCCGCUGAACAAACUAACUACAGCGCCCUUAAGGAGAAAAUGCAAUUAUUUUAUACCGUAGAUCAAGAUGAGCUGUCUAAAAUUAUUAGAUCAUCUAAAUCAACAACAUGCAUACUAGACCCUAUACCUACAAAUCUACUGAAAGAGAUGCUCCCAGAAAUUAUAGAUCCUCUUCUUGGUAUUAUUAACUCAUCUCUGACAUUAGGACAUGUGCCUAAAGCAUAUAAGGUGGCUACCCUAUACCUACAAAUCUACUGAAAGAGAUGCUCCCAGAAAUUAUAGAUCCUCUUCUUGGUAUUAUUAACUCAUCUCUGACAUUAGGACAUGUGCCUAAAGCAUAUAAGGUGGCUGUUAUAAGGCCCCUUGUCAAAAAACCCCAACUCGACCCUAGAGAACUAAGGAACUACAGGCCUAUAUCGAAUCUACCUUUCAUAUCUAAAGUUCUGGAAAAAGUAGUUUCAACUCAAUUAUGCUCCUUCCUCCAAAGGAAUGACAUCAAUGAAGAAUUCCAGUCUGGAUUUAGAGCAUGUCACAGUACAGAGACUGCUUUGAUCAGAGUUACAAAUGAUCUGCUAUUGGCGUCUGACCGAGGUUGUAUCUCGUUAUUGGUGCUGCUAGACCUUAGUGCUGCAUUCGAUACCAUUGACCACAGCACACUCCUACAUAGACUCGAAAAUUAUGUCGGCAUUAAGGGAAUAGCUUUGAAAUGGUUUAAAUCUUAUUUAUCCGACCGUUUUCAAUUUGUAGCAAUAAACAAUGAGGUGUCACGCAAAUCGCAAGUCCAGUACGG